AUGGCCAACUGGCUCGGCGAGGACCCGCCAGGACCCUGGCAGUCGCCGCAUGCGCGAACGAUGUACCGCGAGCCGACCCACGCCGCGCCCGCCUACCCGACCCGCACCUUCGCCCCCUCCGACUCCAUUCCACCCUCGGCAGCCGUCUUCACGCCCAACAGUCUCACCGGCAUGUCCGAUGAGGCGCAGGAGCGGCACGCCAAGAUGCAGGCCAUGCUCAACAAGUCGCUGGGGCCGGAACAUAUCACCAACAGGCCGGGAGGCGGAGGAACGAAGCUGAGCUACCUCGAGGGCUGGAGGGCCAUCAACAUCGCCAACGAAGUCUUUGGCUACAACGGCUGGUUCACCGACAUCAAGUACCUCGAGGCGGACUUUAUUGACUACAACCCCGAGACGGCUCGCUACAACAUGGGAGUGACGGCGAUCGUCCGCGUCAGGCUGCAGGACGGCGCGAGCCACGAGGACGUCGGGUACGGCAAGCUCGAGAACGCCAAGUCCAAGGCGGACGGGCUCGACAAGUGCAAGAAGGAAGCGGUCACCGACGCCCUCAAGCGCGCCCUGCGACAUUUCGGCAAGCUUCUGGGGAACUGUCUCUACGACAAGUCGUACCUGCAGACGAUGGCGAACAUGAAGGCGCCCAAGGCCAAGUUCGACUUCGACAGUAUCUACAAGCCUGAGCGCGACAACUACCAGCACUUUCCACCGCGCGCCUUCACUUCCGCGGUUCCCGCUUCAGCCAUGCCUCCUCCCGCCCUUCCCGCCCAACCCCCUCUACCACCUCGCAAAGACAUGCCGCAACCUCCCGCUCACCCUCCGCAUCUCGCGCAGCAAGUUCAGCGCGCUUCGACCGUCGCCUCGCACGCGCCGCAAACUCCCGCUUCGCACGCCGCUGCUCAGCACAAGCCACCUCCUCACCGCUCGGCGACCAUCGCGACUCCCGCGCCCGAUCCGCGCGACAGGACAGGCGCGCAGACUUCGACCGACUUCGCGUUCAGCUCGGAGGACGAGAAGAUGUAUGCUGAGAUGCCUUUGCCUGAUGGGACGGGUGCGGAUGCGAGCAUGAUCGGAGGAGGGACGGGGAGGGUGUAUCAUGAGGGCGAUAGCGGGUAUGGCGAGAUGGAGGGCUUGGCAGAUGCGAGCUUCGCCUCGACAUAUGUCAAGGACGAGAACCACCGCCCUUACCCUGCCGCACCCGGUCACCAGGCUCCUCAGCAGCAACCGCGCAACAGCUCGUCCCCUCAACAACAGCUCAACCCGCCUCCUCCCGCGCCUCAAGACGCGGCUCGAUCCGCUCAUCUCGAAGACAAGCGGCUCGCGGCGCUGCAGAGGCUUGAGGAGAAGAACCGGAAGAAGCUGGCUGAGGCGCAGGGGCAGGCGAACGGCAUUGCGCCGGGCACAGGGUCGUCGGCCGCGCAGAUGUUGAAAGCGGGAGGAGCGACUGGAAGGAGCGCGACGGUUGGAGCCACGCCUGCGGGAGGAGCGCCAGUUCCCGCUCUCGGCACCGCUCGUCCGCCGUCGCUUCGCCCCCCUCAAGUGCCCUCGCGCAACAAUUCGCUGCAGCGCUCAACUACCGCCGCUGCGCCUGCUCACCCUCCCGCCGUCAACGGUACCUCUGCUCCGACACUUCGCGUUGCCGGCUCGCUUCCGCAGCUCAACGUCGGCGCUGGCAUAGUCAAGGCGGCCGGCGGAGCUCCUGGCGUCAGCGGGAUGGUCAGCGCAAGUCCGCCAAGGCCUGCUGUCGGUGUCAUGGCCGGAGGAGAGGGGUUGGCCGGAGGGUUCGUGAGCGCGAGGGGUGUGAAGAGGGCACUGGGCGAGGCUGGCUCCCACGGCUCGCCUCCCGCCAAUCAUUCUACAUCCGCUCACUCCUACCCCACCGACCACUCCCGUCCUCCUCUCGGCGAGCUCGAAGUUGACGGCGUGAGCGGCGCCGUUAAGCGCCACCGCGCCUCAGGUUGA